CACAUCUCACCCUCCUCAUUGCAACCCCACCAUGGCCGCCUCCACCAUGUCUGUCUGCUCUGAUGCUUGCACCAACUCCUCCUGGCAGGUAGAUGACUGCCCAGAGAGCUGCUGUGAGCCCAGCUGCUGCCAGCCCAGCUACUGCCACUGCUGCCAGCCCAGCUGCUGUGGCCCAUCCUCCUGCAUUACUCUUGUCUGCACCCCAGUGAGCUGUGUGUCCAGCCCCUGCUGCCAAUCUGCCUGCUGCACACCCUCAUGCUGCCAGCAGUCUAGCUGCCAGCCAGCUUGCUGCACCUCCUCACCCUGUUGUGUGACUCUUUGUUGCAAGCCUGUCUGCUGUACACCCAUCUGCCCUGGAUCCUCCUCAUGCUGCCAGCAGUCUAGCUGCCAGCCCUCAUGCUGUCAACCCUCCUGCUGUGUGCCUGUCUGCUGCACACCCAUCUGCUCUGGAUCCUCCUCAUGCUGCCAGCAGUCUAGCUGCCAGCCCUCAUGCUGUCAGUCCUCCUGCUGUGUGCCUGUCUGCUGCAAGCCUGUGUGCUGCAAGCCCGUGUGCUGCAAGCCCUGCUCCAGCGUGUCCCUGCUCUGCCGCCCUGUGUGCAGACCAGCCUGCUGUGUGCCCACCUCCUCCUGCUGUGCCUCCUCCUGCCAGCCCAGCUGCUGCAAGCCCUGUUCCAGCAUGUCCCUGCUCUGCCGCCCUGUGUGCUCCAGCCAGGCCUGCUGUGGCCUCUCCUCGGGACAGAAGUCCAGCUGCUGCUGACCUUGCCCAUGCUUU